AUCUCCAUCGGGGCUGUCAUUUCCCUUGUACCAUUUGACUUUUGUGUGCGAGAUGAACAAGAUCACGCUUUGAUUGUGAAAAAUUGCGCCGCGUGUGAAGUGAAAAAAGCCGAGAAAAAUGUAUAUAUUUCAAGUAAUUUGAUAAUAACCUGGUCCGCUGAAGGCGUAUACUAUUGUACUAACAUCAUCAAUAACGCCGCAAACGUCGCGGGAAUCGGAGCUGAUUGUAAUUGGCGACAUUUCCACGCUUUAAAAACCCCGAAAACUCAGGAUAACCCAGAUCGAAGGAUAUAGCCGCCUUUUCCGGUUUUACAUAAUUGCGUUUUGAAACGUAGUUAUCCUGCAUUGUGGUCAUCUCUUAGCUGGUAGCAUAAAAAAAAACCAUUUGCCAAAAUCACCAUCAUAACAGCAACAGUAACAGCAUGGACGCAAUAGAGGAACGCAAGGUUUACCGUCUGGUGCUGACGGGAGGACCGUGUGGUGGCAAAACAACCGGUCAAUCGAGGCUGUGUACGUUUUUCGAGAACCUCGGAUGGAAGGUUUUUCGCGUGCCUGAAACGGCCACAAUCCUACUCAGCGGUGGCAUCAAGUUCGCCGAUUUGGUUGCCGAAGAAGAUCGAAGCAAAAAGAAAACACAUGAGACCGGCACCACAUCCACAGGCACCGCCACUGAUUCCGCCACCAAGCCGGCCGUCUUUAAGGAUGGCGUCCCGGAGCAUAGCGUUAUUGAUAUUGACAAAAUUACAACAUGUCCCCGGUGUAUGGCUGCCGCCGUCGGGAAAGUUGGUGAUGUGUACAAGUUUCAGGAAAACUUGCUCCGAACGAUGAUACAGAUCGAAAACACGUACUUUGAACUGGGCAGGACGAGCAACAAGAACUGCUUGAUCAUAUGCGACCGUGGUUUCAUGGAUGCCAGUGCAUAUAUCUCCAAAGAAAAAUGGGAUCGCAUGAUGCGUUCGAACAACUGGAACCCGGUUGAGCUGCGCGAUAAUCGUUACAAUCAAAUCAUCCACAUGGUGUCGGCCGCGAACGGUGCGGAACAGUUCUACGCGACGGAGGAACAUUCGUGCCGGUCCGAAGGCGUUACACUGGCACGCGAGCUCGACUACAAGGCUGCGUCGGCAUGGAUUGGACAUCCGUACUUCGAUGUGAUCGACAAUUCGACCGAUUUUGAGAACAAAGUGAACCGCAUGAUCGAAUGCGUGUGCCAGAAGCUUGGCAUCGAUAUUGGCGAUCGGUUAUCGAUCACCUCGCGCAAAGUCAAAUUCUUGGUUUCCGGUCCGAUGCCGCCAGAUACGGCCUUUCCGGCCUUCCAGGACUUCGAGGUCGUGCAUCAUUAUUUGCAGUGUGCUGGACCGCGCGUACAGGCGCGUUUGCGCAAGCGGGGACAAAAUGGUCGCUGGAGCUACAUCCACACGAUACGCCGACCCCAGCAGCAUGGUCAGUCGAUUGAGGUGCGAACGCAGCUAUCGCACCGUGACUAUCUGAACAUGCUAACGCAGCAGGAUGAUGCGCACUUUACCAUCUACAAGAAACGCCGUUGCUUCCUGGUCAACAACCAGUACUUCCAGAUGGACAUCUACAAAGAACCAAGCCAUCCGAGAUGCAAGGGGUUGAUUCUGCUGGAAACGUACACCUCGCUGACGGGCGAUAAACUGAAGGCAAUUUUGCCGAAGUUCUUGAACAUCGUGAAGGAAGUCACCGGACAGCCGGAUUAUUCGAUGUUCAAUUUGUCGCUGCGGGAAGACUGGAAUAACACGAAGAAGUUCUGCUAUUCGCUGCACGAUCAAGACGAUGCGGACGUGAAAACGAACGGUCACUCCCAGAAGAUGAUCAAUGGUAAAGCGUAGUAGCAACUUAAACAAAAUUGGUACGCUAAAGUACACCAGAGUGGCUUGUGAGCGCGUUAUUCUCGUUAAGAUUGAAUGUUGUAUAGAAAAUGGCCGGCAAAUGACGAGAGUUCUCGGGACGUGACGUGUGUGUUGUGUGUAUUCAGCUGCAGACGAGCUGCGUUUACGAGGAAAAAAGCGGUGUCGUACAUGUUUUUUUGUUUUGUUUUGCGACUGAGAAGAAAAUGGGAAACUAAUGAGAGGAGGGUGUACCGUUAAAAUCCUGCGAGGACAUUUGAGCCUGAUUAGUGUAUGUUUUUUUUUAUCAUUAUAUUGUACUGAUGAUUGUGCUUGAUUCGUAUAGAGAAACAUUUGUGAGGCAAAAGUAAUUGUUUUUUUUCCUGGCGCAGGCUGUUUUACAAUUUUUAACAGUUGAAAAAUUACACUCUUUGCUCUGUUAAUUUUGCUUUAAAAAAACCCCUUCGGAGUCAUUUCUCUAGACAUAAUUUUGCAAACAGCCAAAGUCAUAUAAUUAUCAAUAGCUACGGGAUGUGUAGCGUUUAUUUUAACUGGCAAUAGCAUACUUAUUAUUGUUUAUGAAACGGUAUGUACUUCUGAAAACUUACAUGUACGCCUCCUGUUGAAAAUUGUGCAUGUAAACGGAACGUAGUUCCAAAAGCUCGCCUAAAAAAAGUGUUUGAACAUAUUUUGUAUAAUUUUAUUUUGCCCAGUAAUACAACAAUGCCAGUACUGAAAACCAAUACAUUUUGAUGCUCCCCGAGAGAUAGACUAUAAUAAUUCCCGAAACCACCCCUCGAUGGGGGUACUUAACAACACAAUACUACCUCUACCACACGCUAUAAUAAUGGUUUAUCAAUUCGUUUAAAAAAAGACCAUAUAAUAAUUCAAUUCCAUCUUGAAAAGCUCCUGUUAACAAUUUUCAUUUUAAAUCCUGUAUGCAGCAGAUUGGUAUAAAAUUUCUGGAAACAUUUGCUUAUUACAUAAUGCGAUUCGGUUCGGUUUUUUUUUUACUUUCUUGCAUCUACAUCAUAGCAUGGCUGUUUAUGGGCCACUAACAGGAUCUAGUUUUGUUUGGCGUAUUGUGUAUUUUGCGAAAAAAAUCUUACACUCUGUUACUGUUGGUACGUAACAGGAAAUCUAUCGAAUUUUUGGACACGUGUUAAAGGACAGUAAGAGUAGUGUGAGCGUUACUAGCGAGCGCUUUUUUACGACCUUUUCGAUCGAUACAAUCCGUGCGAGAUGCCAAUGUACUUAAAAAAGCUAUUAAAAAGUAACUAAAUCCAAUUUUCAUACAAUAGACAAAUGUACAACUGCUGGUAUUCGUGUGUAUAUGUUCUCCUUCUAACUGCUCAACCGGCAGCAACAAAUGUAAAGAAUUGAUUUUUCCGUUUUUUGCAUCUUGUUGCGUUUUAUAGCUGCUGGAUGUUUUUGAUUUAACUCUACAAUGAACAGAACAGAAAGCUAGAUAGACAAGAAAGGAAGAAUGGGAAUAGUGGCCACGAUUAGUAGAAAGCGCGAUCGAUUUACUAAGUGACAAAACGGCAGACACGCGAUGCAUGACCGAUGAACCAAGAAGGAGUAAAUGUUGCGCAAUGGUUUUUAAUGUAGUUCUCGUAGCAGAGACAGAUCAUAUUGUGUAUAAAACCGCAUAGAAAACAAGCAACUAUCAGUACCGGAUACCGGUGGCAAAUUAUUUUUGUGUGAAUAUACAUAACCUUUUAAAGCAGAUAGACAAACAAAACAAACAAAAUCUCAAUUUGGGACACCAAUUGGUAUCAAUGUUCGGGUAGUGCGGCAUAGAAAACAGCAAGCGCAAGGCAGAGCAAAGCAUUGCAUCAGAAAUAGUGGACGAAAAAUCAAACAGUAUGUAGGGAAACAAUGCUGACAAAAACACAAAAUGUAAUGAAAAUUCAAGAGCAACAACCAACUGUUACUGAUGUAUUUUAUAUUAAAAUGUAAAACAGUCCUGAAAAACGACCUCUCUUUGAUGAACAGUAGCAGCAAAAGCUAUAUUGCUGGGAGGGAAACUAUGAAGAUGAAUAUUGAUGGUAUUAAAAAGCGAUUAAUAAAUCAUAUGCAGUUCUACUAGGCAAA